AUGGCUGGCAGCCUGUUUGGAAGGCUCUCCCUGGAGGAAGGGGACUCAGCCAACUCCCUGGAGGGCCUGGAAAUCAAGCUGGGGAGAGAAGCCAUGCAUCAGGCCUUGGACACAUUGAGUGACAGCACAAGCUCCACAACUGCCAAUGACCUGGACCUCAUCUUCCUCAAGGGCAUCAUGGAGAGUCCAGUGGCCCAUGAGCAGUUUGAGGAGCCCAAGCUCGAGGCUGUGAGGGAGAACAACAUGGAGCUGGUCCAGGACAUCCUCAAGGAGCUCAACCCGCUCACUAACAGGAGCCUUGCAGUGGAAGAGCUGGUCCGCAUCCUGAAGGAGCCUCACUUCCAGUCCCUCAUGGAGACCCAUGAUUCGGUGGCGUCCAAAAACUACGAGACACCUCCCCCCAGCCCCUGUUCCUUCAUGGAUGCAGCCCUCAACAACCAGCCUGUUCCCCCAGACGCAGUCAGGAUGGUCGGCAUCCGAAAGGUGUCUGGCGAGCACCUGGGAGUGACGUUUCGAGUGGAGAAUGGCGAGCUGGUGAUAGCCAGGAUCCUCCACGGUGGCAUGAUUGACCAGCAAGGUCUGCUCCAUGUGGGUGACAUCAUCAAGGAGGUGAACGGCAAGGAGGUGGGCAACGACCCCAAAGUGCUCCAGGAGAUGCUGAAGGAGGCCAGCGGCAGUGUGGUGCUGAAGAUCCUGCCCAGCUACCAGGAGCCACACACACCAAGACAGGCUUUUGUAAAGUGUAACUUUGACUACGACCCAUCCCAUGAUAACCUGAUUCCUUGUAAAGAAGCAGGGCUGAGCUUCAACAGUGGAGACAUUUUGCAGAUUUUCAACCAGGAGGACCUCAAUUGGUGGCAGGCCUGUCACAUAGAGGGAGGCAGUGCAGGUCUAAUUCCAAGCCAGCUGCUUGAGGAGAAGAGGAAAGCGUUUGUGAAGAGAGAUCUGGAGCUUGUUACCACAGGUCCUCUAUGUACUGGGAUGGGUGGUAAGAAGAAAAAAAAGAUGAUGUAUUUGACCACCAAGAAUGCAGAAUUUGAUCGCCACGAGCUGCGGAUAUAUGAAGAGGUAGCCAAGGUCCCGCCCUUCAGAAGGAAGACGCUGGUUCUGAUUGGUGCGCAGGGGGUUGGCCGUCGCAGUCUGAAAAACAAGCUGCUGGUGUCGGAUCCCCAGCGGUAUGGCACCACCAUCCCCUUCACCUGCAGAAAACCAAAGGUGGAUGAGAGGGAUGGCCAGAUGUACUCCUUCAUGACCCGCAGCGAAAUGGAGUGCGACAUUAAAAAUGCUCGUUUCUUGGAGCAUGGCGAGUAUGACGGGAACCUGUAUGGCACGAAGAUCCACUCUAUACACGAGGUGAUCGACACUGGAAAGAUCUGCAUCCUGGACGUCAACCCACAGGCUCUUAAAGUCCUGCGGACGUCAGAGUUCCUGCCCUAUGUUGUUUUCAUUGAAGCCCCGGAUUUUGAGGUUCUCAAAGCUAUGAAUAAGUCAGCAAUUGAGUCAGGAGUGGUUACAAAACAGUUAACGGACUCUGAAUUAAAGAGGACGGUGGACGAGAGCGAGCGCAUUAAGCGGGCCUAUGGACAUUACUUUGAUCUCUGCAUCAUAAACGACGGCCUGGAAGCGGCGUUCCGAAGUCUACGGUCGGCUCUGGACAAACUGUCAACGGAGCAGCAGUGGGUUCCUGUCAGCUGGGUCUUCUGA